ACGCAAGUGAUGCAGUGCAAUAGACUUGCAGCUCAAAAUGUAUAUGCAUUAUUAUUAUUAUUAUUUAGUUCUGACCAUAAGUGGGUUCAUUUAACUUUAUAUCCAUAUUUUAUAUUCUGCAUUAUGCCCUGCUAUUAUGGAAUUAAAAACUUAGUAGUUUAUUCUGCGACAAUAUUAUUUGUCUAUUUCACAACAAAACAUAUUUUGAAUUUCCACAAGAGUUUAGGGUAUUACCCAUUGUGCUUUUUGUUAGAACAAAACCAACUUGUUUUUUGCAAAUUUUGAGAUAAUUGAGUUUUCAGGAAAAGAGAUGUGAAAAAAAAACAGCUCAUCAGUAGAAGAAAGUUUCAUUAAUUUAAGUGUGGAAGGUACUUGUGUACAAUGCAACAAGAUGGUCAUGAUGUGCCAUUAGAUACUCCAUAUACAGUUGUUGACUUCGAUGAAAAUGGAGGCACCAUAGAGAGGAAUGUUCACCUCGUACAUGGCGAAACAACACAAUUUGUUGAAGACGUUCAACAAGUUCUAUGUUCAAGUGCAAAUAUAAAUUCUCUUAUUGACAGAGAUGUCAGUGCAAUUACUAAUUUACCUUCAAUGCAAAGCAGAGAUUCCACUCCAGUCAUAACACCUUCAGGGUAUUGUCAACCAUCUGCCGUCACUGACACUGUGCAAUCUACUAAUGCUGCUUCUUUACCUAUUCUUGAAAAUAUAUUAAAUCCCAACAGUGCUGUGAAUGAACCGCAACAAAUGAAUGACAGUUCAGAUGACCUACUUAAAAUGAUGUCUGCUAUGAGCAUAAGCAGUGGAUCACAACCAACUGUCUUACAUUUAAAUAAAUCGGAGGAUAAAGUGUCAGAUGGUCCAUUAUUAUCAGGUUCCUUAAUUUCAGAAGAUGGAAGCAUAUCAAGUGUUAAUGAUUCUCCAUCCACUGUUGUUGCUGAUGAUAUUAACUUCUACGCAAAACAGUUGGAUGAAUUUAAAGUUUCAAAUGCACUUCACUCAACAACAGAUGAUCAAGAUUAUAAUGCGAGUGAAAAACAAACAGAUCUCGCUACAGAUGAUGUUCAUGUUGUGACUGUGGAGGGUGUGGAAGGAAAACUUACUGAACCAUCUUUUGAUGAAGAAAGCAAUGAAUUAAAAUAUAAUUACGAUGAUGAAAAAUGUUCAUUUACUGAAAUAACAUCAACUGAGAAUGAUAUCAUCGGAUAUGAGAUUGGAAGAAGUGAUGACAUCAUAGCACCAAGUGAAAUGACCAUUAGUAGAAAACCAUUGCCAGAUAUUGACGACCAAGACUUGACUACAAGCAAAUCUACUGAACAAGAAGUUGAAUCCGACACUGAUACAAUAGCUUGGGAUGAGUUUCAAAACAAGGAACUUAUAAAACAUGUAUCCUCAAGUGAAUGUGAACUACUUGAGCAAUCAUUAUAUGUUCAGUUUGACCUUUUGUUAAAACAAUCUCCAAUGGAAAAAGAUCCCAAAUUGGAAGAUUUACAAAAUAAAGGAACGGGGUUACUAUCAUGUGGUGACAAUGCAUUUGCUGCGACUAAUCAGAAAUUAAUUGAUAUCGAAAGUGAUGAAAUAGAAGACGCUGCUGAAAGAACUUCACCAUCUCUUAUCACAAUAAACAUGGAUGAAUAUGAAGUUGAUGUUGAUGGGAGAUCCUCAAUCAUGAUACCUUCACAUAAACCAACACAUACAACUUUAUAUGUGGGUGGGUAUGAUGAAAGGAAUCUGGAAAUGGAAGAAGAGAUUAAAAAUAAGAGGAGAGAGCGAGAACUUGAGGUAGUUAAGAAGGAAGAAGAGUUAAAACAACUUAAUAAAGAACUUGAUGAUCAACCAAGUCAUUCCAAUGUUGAUCAACUUAUGAGAUUCAUUAAAGAAUGUGAAAGUGAAGCAAAAGAGGUUUGGGAAAAUGUUCAGUUAGAUUUGAAUGCACAUAAACAAUUGGUUCAUGAGAAUACAAGUGAUUGUAUUUCUUCAAAUGAAGUUUUGGAAAAUUAUCGAAAAAAAGUGAAAAAUCUUCUUUCCGUUCUGACUAACAAGAUGCAGGUAGAGAACUUGCUUCGAAGCGAACUUGAUAAAUAUCUUCAAAUAUUUGCUCAAGAUCUUCAGGAAGGAAACAGAGUUGAAAGAAAUAGUAAAGAAGAACAUUUGAAAUUUACAAAAGAGACAAGUGAUAUGAUGGCAAUGGAAGAUCGUGAGAUAUUAGCAGUCGAGUCAAAUCUUAAAAAAGAAAAAUUAGAAGUUGAAGGACUGGAAGUUGAACUAAAGGAAACUCGUCAGAAAAAAGAAGAACUUACAAAAAUGUGCGAUGACUUAAUUGCAGCAGUUGAAAACUAGAUUACGAAUACUCAUAAUGGAUCAUAUUUCAACACUAAGUAACAAUACACCUCCUUUAACCUGGAAGUGCCUUAACAAAGUUUUAUUUUUAUGAUAUAAUGCUUGCCUCGCCACAAAUUUCUUUAUUCACUUCUUUUAAAGUAUAUAUAUAUAUAUUAUAUGUUUCUGCUUAUUUAUUUUAUGUUAUAUUUCGGUGGUCAAGUGUUAUUUUGGUUCAAUGUGCUUUUUAUUGUUUCAGACAUAAAAUAAUAGCUUGCAUCGUUUUAAUUAGCAAAGUUGACACCUAACGGCAAUUGCGCCAGUGGUCACUAAUGGGUUGUCCAAAUUAUCGGCCAUGCAUAAAAAAUAACAACGUGCAAAUAA